AUGCAAUACCAGCCUCCAACAUUACAACGCAGAUUUGUUGGUCAUGUGAUCAGGACCUUAUCGGUACUAUCAGGAACGGCAUGCGAAGCCUUUUGUUUCGAUGACGAUGACUGCAUGUCAAUCAACUUGGGACCACAACAACAAGAGAAGCACAUUUGUGAACUGAGUAGUUCAGAUCACAAUAUACAUCCUAAACAUCUUACGCACAAACAGGGAUUCCUUUAUAAGUCUGUGUGGGUAAGUUAUUGCUGACUGCAUACAUGCAUGUUACAGUACAAUUAAUAUUGAAUACGUGAGAAUCUGUUUGUGUAUCAUUUAAACUUCCGUCGUAGUGUUUGUUUUAAUAUUACCAUUUGUUUUUAUUUUGAUUAUUUUGUGGCUUUUCGUUUAUCUUUGAGAUAUAUUUGCUCUGAAGAUGGUGAAAAUCGGCCUUUAAAUGAAGGAGAUAUUGAAUGACAGGUAAAGUGUGCAGAGAAGCGACGAGAUACAUUUAGGUUUGCAGGCUACCUUGCGCGUGGAGAUGAGCAUUUCUCGUCCUCAUAAAAAUCACACGUAUAUCAUACAAAAAAAGCCUUUUAAUUCGAUUUUUUCUUUAACAGAAUUAUUGCUCAAGCAGCCCAUGUCCCUCCGGGUACACAUGUCAAACAGGAUUUACUGAUAAAGGAUACCGAUGUAAAGGUAUGAUUUAUAUAGCUGUAAGAACCUAUUCUAAAAAAAUUGCGUUUUGAACAAAAUGAGAUUUUUUAGAAAAUUUGAAAGUGUAAAUGGCUUUAGCACACCUGUUCGACUGGUCACCAAUUUGACAGGCUCAAAUGUGACGUCUCAAAUCAUUUGGAUUUUAUGCAUGCUUCGCCCCAUGUAAGGUCCAAUACACUCUUGGAUUCUGGAUUCCAGGCUGUGGAUUCCAGAUUCCAGGAACGGCAAUUCCAGCGUUGGUCAGUGGAACCUGGAUUCCGGAUUCCAAUCGUUAAUCGGAUCCCGGAUUCCUUGAGUUGUAUUCCGGAAUUCAAAGAUUAGUAUUCUGGAUCCGAGAAGCACAAAUUUCCUGGGAUUCCGGAUUCCACAAUCAAAACCUUUUCCCACAUUCCGGAAUCCGAAUUCCCUCACAAGGGGUCGGGUGACAUAUUUUCCAUUUCUUUGGGUCGCCAGUGUUGUUGCAUCCAAUUGCAUCGUAUCUUAAGGUAAUGUUAUACGGGACGAUUUGCAACGACGAUUUUUAGCGCAACACAGCGUUGCAACAUUGUUGCGACAUUGUUUCGAAUGGUUACAACAUUGUUCAAGCAUUGCAACGCUGUGUUGCGCUAAAAAUCGUCGUUGCAAAUCGUUCCGUGUAACAUCACCCUUAACGGUAUAAAAUUCAGUUGUUAGCGGAUUCAUGUCUAUCGUUUUCAGAAAACUGGAAAAAGGUCAAUGAAGACCCAGUUUGCUUCGGAGCUGCUGGUGACACUUACGGAACAUUCACGAUCAACAGAAGCGGCCUCAUCAACACAUUCACAUUGGUCUAUAGGAAUGGUUCUGUAAAUUGUGCCUUCUCGCAUGAGUCCGAACCAACCCAUUGGGGUUGCAAGCACCCAGUGUAUGGGGACAAGCAAUUGGCCACUGUUCUGACGUAUACAAACAGGUCUGCCCUUCUGCUGGCUGACUAUUUGAGAAAUACACGGGAUUGUGGCUUCAGAUAUUACACGUAUCAUCUGAAAGGAACUGAUGUUAACUCCCCAGAAUUAGUGUUUAACCAUCUGCUGCCUCCACUGAACGUCUCACUUGGUCAAACGUUUCAAAUUUGGUACGCAGAAGAUUUGGUCGAUUGUUCCGAGUCUGAUAACAGUGGCCAGAUAUGUGUCGAUGUUUACGCUUGGUAUAUUUAA